GGGCUCCGAUGUGUUUGGUUUUGUUUGUGUUUGUGGCUGCUGUCAACCACGUCGACUGAUUUUUAAUCAUUUUCUUCUUAAAUUAAGAAGAAAUUAAUUUUUAAACAAUAUUGACAAUUAAAUUGUCUAAUUUCUGCCCCCUUUGAUCUGAUUUUUUUGUUGACAUAAGUUUAACAAAAUCGUUUUUUUUGUUAAACAAAACUUCUAAAAGUACCGGGGGCGUUUAAUUUUGAGGUUAGACUAUUUUGCAGCCACGUCAUUAUAAAUUUUUAAUAAAAUGGUUGCUAUUGAAUCGAUGACGAGAUACGUCUCACCAAUAAAUCCAUCAAUAUUUCCACUUCUCGCUUUGGUUUUAUUAGGAAUUGGAAUUUUCUUCACAGCCUGGUUCUUUGUGUACGAAGUGACGAGUACAAAAUUUACAAGAGAUAUUUUUAAAGAAUUAUUAGUUGCUUUGGUUGCUGCAAUAUUUUCUGGUUUUGGAGUUUUAUUCCUUCUUUUAUGGGUUGGCAUUUAUGUCUAGUUCAAUAAUUGGCAAGCUGUUAUACUCGAAAAUGAAAAAUCACUGAUCCACUGUACAGAAAAAAAAAAAUUUAAACUAAUGUCAUUCCUAUGUUAAUUGUAUGUUAUUUCACAAGGUUUUUUAUAAUAAAAAUAUAUAAGACUUAAAAAUGAAA